CUAACUCGAUGCCUAAAAACUCUACUAUAGCUAUCUCAAUCCCAUACCCUCCUCCAUCUAAGCAAAAUCAUUCCCCUGACAAUCUUAAUUACGAAUACUGUUUUUCAGACGGCCAUUCCGAUGCCAAUCUCUUCUCCUUCCAUCUCAAUCUCAAAUGCCCUGAAGAUUUAUCGUGGUCUACAGUUGAGAGGUACAAAGUAAUGCAACAGAAAGAGGAUGAAGGAAGGGCUGAUUGUCGAAGUGGAGGUACUGGCUACUGAAUCGGAGCUCAUACUGCUGGGAUCUACUGUUGUUGGAGCUAAUGGUGUUGGUUGCAGCAGAGUAGCAGCUACUGUCAGAAUCUGCUGCUAUUGUUGGCUGCGGAAGCGGAGCUGCUAUCGCCGAUAUCUGCUGCUGCCGGAGCUACUCCUACUGGGAAACCAAAUUGUUUCCGAGCCUUAUAGGGUCAGAAGUUCACAGGGUUUAAGGAGUACACUUCUUUAUGACUUUAUUCAUAUAAGGAGUACAACCAGCAACACAAGGAUGUAGUCUGUAUGAGUAGCAGCAGCAUGAACUGGAUCAAGAAGACUUG